CAGCGAACAAGAGUGCAUUCAAGUAUGCGAUUGACAGAUGCUCAAAUCUACGGUACAUUAUAUUUGGAAGAGAUGAAUCGUGUUUGAUAUUUCUGCAUUUUUCUAUGAAGGAUAAUCUUUUGUUCCUAUUAUCCUUCACGUAUUACGUGAAAAUUAAAUAUCGAUAUUUGGACACUUAUAUCGGUUAGAUGACGGCGAUACGCCGUGUGUUAACAGGUCAUGGGGGCCUGUUUCGGCCGCUGUAUUUCCAAAGUUACAGACUCCUUAUCAUACAGGUUUUAUCAAAGACAUACCAGUAUGUCCUACCAAGGAGACGAACAAGUUGAGUUUAUAGAUGAUAAAGGAGGUACAGAUCAAUCUAGAGGAUCAAAAACCCUGUUAUCGUUUCUCUCCUUAAAUCGAUUCAAGAAAAAAAAUGGAAUCCCUGUAACAUUGGAAUUAUUAGAAGAUGGAGCAUGGUCAAAGGGUAAAACUAACAAAUAUGCCAGAUUAAACUCUAGGAAUGAUGCUUCUACAAGUUCUGGAUUAGAUACACCAUUACAAAUUCUUGAUGCAAGAACAUUAAUGAAACAACAAGCAUGUGUUUCUUCUACUCCUGGUUCAUCAUUAGAUUUGGAAUGGGAACAUGAAGGAAUGCCUCUGCCAAUUAUGGAUGAUGAAAAAGUUGAAAGUACAGAUGGUUCUAUGACACAAACAUCAGUCAAUAAUAGCCAACCCUCUAGCUUGACAGCAUCUCCUUGGUCUAGAGUAUCAACACCAAAUAGUUUAGAAUGGGAUCCAGUAGAAGCAGAUAUGGUAUGUGUUGAUUUAGAGACUGAACAGCUUUUGACUGAAAUAGAAAGAUUAACGGAUAGAGCAUUAAAGGAAACGGGAGAAUGGACUAAUGCUAGUUGAUAAAUAAUGCAUUUAUAAUUAAUUGGGAUUGUUUGUAUUUUUGUAUUACAAAAAAGAGUACACAAUGGAAUUAAUAUAUAUAAAAUACUUUUAGAAAACAAAAAAAAAGAUUCUACUGUUUCAAUAUUUGUAUUGUUGAAACAAUAUGAAGAUAUAUUUAUAUUGUUUCAAGAUAUAUA